GAAAAUAUCUCAAUCUGGAAUCGGAACCCUAAUCCGGUUCGACCUCGUUCGUCAAUCCAUAUCCAAAACAAAACUCUAGAAUUCUUCAGGGAGCGAGAUCACCCACAGUCGAAUCAAUUCCUAUCUCAGUGGUAUACAAGAAAGUGAACUCAGCAAAAAGAUGGCUGGAGAAAGAAGAGUGCAUCCAGAUUGCAUAAAUGCAUCUAAUCCCUAUCAUGAGUGUGUUGAAUAUUGCUUUAGAAAAAUUGCCGAAGCCAAGGCACAGAUGGAUAAAAAGGAGUCAGAAGUCAUGGAAGCUGGUAGUGGCAGUGGUGGCGGCAAUGAUCAAUACAUUUCAGGUGUCCCUGAUCAGGAUAAAAAUCCACAUGAUGAAGGAACGGAUCCUGAAGAACAGUCUGAUGACGACAAUGAUCAACCUGUUGAGGAGAUUGAGGAAGUAGACUUCACACAACUCACAGGGAGGCAGAAAAAGUUGUUUGAGUUAAGACUUAAGAUGAAUGAGGCAAGAAAAGCCAAUCAGACAGCCAUGGUGGCUGAGAAGAAAAAAAUGGAAGCUCCACCAGAGUCAAGGGGCAUUUCUAAACAAAAAUGGAUCGAGGAGAGGAAGAAAAAAAUUGGCAAACUUCUAGAUGUUAAUGGUCUGGAUAUGAAAAAGGCAUAUAUGCUAGAUACACAAGAAAGGGCAGAGACAAAAUAUAAGAAAUGGGAAAAGGAUCCUGCUCCAUUUGGUUGGGAUGUUUUCAAUCAGAAAACAUUGUACGAUGCAUACAAGAAGCGAACAAAGAAUAUUGAGGUUGACAUCGAUGAAUAUAAUAAGAUGAAAGAAGCCGACCCAGAAUUCUAUCGCGAAGCUUCAAGCCUUCAAUAUGGGAAGGCACCAAAGUGCUCAGAAGAUAAGAUUGACAAGAUGGUUAAGGAACUCAAGGACCGGGACGAGAAGCGCCAGUCAUUUAGCAGGAGGAGGAAGUUCCAUGAAGAGAAGGACAUCGACUCCAUCAAUGACCGUAACGAGCAUUUCAACAAGAAGAUCGAGCGAGCAUUUGGUAAAUAUACACUGGAGAUCAAAAACAAUCUUGAGAGAGGAACUGCCCUUCCUGACUAAGGUCUUUGCUCAUUUUAGUGCAGUAUGUGUGAAACUCUUUGCUCUCUAAUUGUACAAGUUAUCUGUCCAACAAUGGCAUAUUCCACCCUGGUCUUUCUGUACUUUUUUGGAGUAUACAUGUAUGGGAUAGAUUUGAUGUAACAGAGAUUUCUUCAGUGUAUAAUCUUCUUUUGACUUAUAUUUUGGCUUUACUACUAGGGCUUUAAA